AUCUGACGUCACGGCCGGAGCUGCGAGGCAAAACCAAACUCGUGAGGUGCGCGGGGAGGCAGGCAGCACCAUGGAGGAAUCUCAGCAGGUGCCCACGAAGCCUCUGCAAAAGCUACACCACAUUGGGGGAGAGAAGGUGUAUCUGCCUGUGAAGCCGUACCCGUCACAGCUGGCCAUGAUGGGGCAGAUCAUAACAGGACUGAAGCAUCGUCAGAACUGUCUGUUGGAGUCGCCCACUGGGUCUGGCAAGUCCUUGGCAUUGCUGUGCUCCACUCUGGCAUGGCAACGCAAACAAACAGACAUGGCGCAGCGCUACAAUGCUUUGGUGGACAGUGGCGUCACCGAUCCAGAGGUGCUGGAGCGUGCAGCUGGAUUCACGCCGCUGACCCCCGUGCAGGACAUCCCAGGCGCCCCUAAAGAACCGGCUUCUAAUGCGCCCUCGUCCACGCCUGCAUCCAACUCACAGGCUGUUCCUUCCAACGCUGGCUUCUUCUUCGAGGAUGACGAUGACUAUGACUUCAAGAGCCAGGCGCCCUUCAGCCAGCUCGAGCCGCUUGACGCCGCGGCCAUGCAGCAGCAGAUGGAAAUGUUGUUACAGAAUGAGAACAUCCCGCAAAAGCCAAAAAGACUGAGUGUGCCUAAGAUCUUCAUCGGCACCAGGACCCACAAGCAGGUGGCGCAGAUCGUUAAGGAGCUCCGCCGCACCGCCUACAGCGAUGUCAGGAUGGUGGUGUUAUCAUCCCGGGAACAUUCCUGUAUCCAUCCCGUAGUGAGCAAUUCCUUCAACAAGAACGAAAAAUGUCGAGAGCUUACCGACAUCCGCAAGGGAGUUUUAUGCAGGUACUACCAUAAUGUGAAUAAGAUCAAGAACCAUGAUAUCCUGGCUAUGAAUGGAGGCCUGCAGGGUGCCUGGGAUAUAGAGGACCUUUUGCAAGUAGGCCAUAAGGUCAAUGCCUGUCCCUAUUUUGCUGCUCGGUCCCUCUUGGCUACAGCUGAGUUGGUGAUUUGUCCCUAUAAUUACCUUGUGGACCCUCGCAUUAGACGAUCGAUGAACAUUUCCCUUAAGAACCAUGUGUUAAUAUUGGAUGAGGCACACAACAUUGAGGACUCUGCAAGGUCUGCUGCUUCUUGCACUGUCACUCAGACGGAGAUGAAGGAAGCUUGCAGCCACCUCAGGGAAUGGAAGACUUAUGAAGAACAGUGUGACAAACUGGCCAACAUGGUGUCUGCUCUGAGCGGUUGGAUAGACGAAAAUAACCACAACCUUUCAGACUACACAGAGUUUGGACGGUCAGGCAAAAUCUAUACAGGCACAGAAAUUAUUGCUGUCCUCGACCACUUGGGUAUUGGAAGGGAAAGCUACAGUGAUCUAGAGCAAUCUUUCACAACUAUAGACGAAAUGCAGCCCAAUGAAGAAAGUGAAAUGACUCUGAAUGCUGUCACCAAAAAAGUUCUCCAUGACUUCUUUCUUGUGUUCUCCUUUUUGUUUAUGGAGGGCAUGAAGCACAAAGAUGAUUAUCGUGUUGCUAUAGUCAAGGAACAAGUGAGGAAGAAAUCUAGUCAGAAAGAUGGAUGGUACAGCAAAGAUUCUUUUCUUGACUUAGAGUACUCAAUCAAUUUCUGGUGCCUUAACCCUGCAGUGGUGUUUAGCCCACUCAGCAACGUAACACACAGCAUCAUAUUGACAUCAGGAACACUGUCUCCCAUUGCUUCCUUCCAGUCAGAAUUGGGCGUGUCCUUCAAAAUCAAACUGGAAGCAAAUCAUGUCAUUGACCAAAAUCAGGUAUUUGUUGGUACCAUUGGUCACGGCCCUCGUGGCAGAUCUUUGCAGGCCACCUUCCAGAACACAGAGAGCUGGGACUUCCAGGAUGAACUUGGAGAUUUGGUGUUGAAUGUGUGUCAGACAGUACCAGCUGGUAUCUUGUGCUUCCUUCCCUCAUAUUCCAUGCUAAACAAACUGCAUGAUAGAUGGCAGAGCACUGGUGUAUGGGAUGAGAUCAGUAAAAUAAAGGAAGCUAUGACAGAAAAGAAGAAGGGAGAGGACUUUGAGAGGGACAUGGUAAAUUUCUAUACUACGAUCAGAAAUACACAAACAGAGGGAGCAAGUGGCAUCAAUGGUGUUUUCUUCAUGGCUGUGUACCGAGGAAAGGUCAGCGAAGGAUUAGAUUUUGCUGACGACAAUGCCAGAGCUGUUAUAGCGGUUGGCAUUCCCUUUCCCAGCAUAAAAGACAUCCAGGUGGACUUAAAAAAGAAAUACAACAAUACUUUUCAUCACUCUAGGAAACUGUUAUCAGGAAGGGAGUGGUAUGAAAUCCAGGGUUACAGAGCAAUUAAUCAAGCUCUUGGACGAUGCAUUCGUCACCGCUAUGACUGGGGUGCCCUGUUGCUGGUGGACCUGCGCUUUCAAGGUGGAUGUUUUUAUAAGAAUCAACAAGGGAACCACUAUAUCCUUGGUCUUUCCAAGUGGGUGAGGAACAAGGUUAUCCACUACAAGAAUUUCUCUACAGCCACCAACUGUCUAAGAGAAUUUGUGAACAACAUGAUGAUAAAUCCUCCUCAACCACCACAGAAACAGGAUGAAAUAUUAUCAACGUCUUCUAUUGAGUCCACGAGUAAGGAAAUGGUCCAGAGUUCUCUUGCAAAAGAAACAAACUUUUUCCGUUGUGAUGGCACAGACUCCAUACGACCUCUGAACUCUGGAGAAACUUCUCUUCUUAAGGCUCCAAUGAAAUCCUCCCUAGAUAUCAGUACCUGUGAUGAACCAAAGGAUAACAGCUGUCAUGGUCAGAAAGAAAGUAAUGUUCCAGCAAGUAAGAAAAAUACUCAAAGGAACUGGGAACAAUCUACACAAAGAUCUGAGAGUGACAGCUUUGAAUCUAGUAAGGAGAAUGAGAAAAUGUUUUCCCAGAACAGAAAAAGACCACUGAUUUCAAUGGACUAUGAAGACUUGGAAGACUUCAAUCUUAUUCUUAGUCCAAGUACUCAUCAGCCUCCAGUCCCCAGAAGGAAAAGAGUUGGGCAGAAGAAAGGUGUAGUUUUCAAAGAUAUAGAAUAAGAUGUGUAUACAACAAGGGAGAAGGUUGGAUCAUGCCAGCAACCCCUUAUGGGGCGAACAAGUCUCGGGCGUCAGUCGGGAGAUAGAGCACGUCCCGCCUAAACUGGCACCGGCAUUAUCUGCGCACUACCAACUUGGAGCGCCGCUGCGCCAUCUGUUUCACCUUACCCGAGCUAAAUCCUCGGCCACAGCGGUGCUUAAGUCCGACUUGUGCCCGCCCAAGUACAGGUCCAGCCACUACUGGAGGGAGAACCAAUCUAGCGUGUCCUAACCACCACCAAGAAACUGCCUGUUAUUGUAAGACGCAAACUGUCUCGCUGCACCUUCCACAGAUGAAUUGGACCCUGCCUCGCACCAGCUCUGCCCUGCACACGUGGUGCCAUCCAGGGAGGAAGGACACACGGCCUCGCUGCGCCAGUUGUCCUGGUAACGCUUGGUGUCAUCCAGGGUAGAACACUGCCUCGCUGCACCUUCCAGAGGAAUUGGAUCCUACCGUGACAGCACCUGGUGCCAUCCAGGGAGGGAGGACAGACUGCCUCACUUUAAACCUAACCUAAUUAAUAAAUGUUGCCAUCUAACCUAAUCAAUAAAUGUUGCCAAUCAC